CCUAUUAUACGUUGCAAUUCCUAGCAAACAAAUUAAUAUUACGCUAUUUGUCUAUGUCUUGAUCGAUAUAAAUAGCGCUUGCUUCUGAGUUUCCCACAAAGGUUCUCUCCGCGUCUACCCCUGCUUUGCGCAGGGUAGCGACCCUAACAAAUAUUAUUCACGGCGAAGAGUACCCUUUCCCUUCACCCUUUUCCUAAUGGAAAUGAAUCCUGCAGACACCAUCGUCGGCGUCGAGAAUGAUACUAAAGAUCAGGAUCCUAUCCCUGAUCAGAACUGCAUCAAGAAGGCUCCCGAUUGUGCGGGUCAGAAAAAGAAGCGCGGUGCAGUGCAGCUUCUUAAAGCAGCAUCGUUUUUACUGCGCAGGCCUAAGAAGACGAAAUCCUUUCCCACCAGCUCCCAUGAUCACAGAAACCAGGUCCAGGAGGCCCGGUCAUCCAUGUCAUCGUCCCCAAUGGCGCCCGAACAAUCAGAUCAGGAUGUCCGGUCCCCUGUAUCUCGUUCUGGCUACAGCUCAUCUUCGUGUUCUGAAGUCAGUGCGAGCCGGUACGCGUCCGCGGUUAACCUCCAGGAGCUCGAUCGGAUCGAGGAUAAUGACGAUGGUGAUGAUGAGGCUUACGCCGACUGUGGCGGGGACGAGAUGAUCGACUCGAAGGCCGACGAGUUCAUUGCUCAGUUCUACGAACAGAUAAGGCUCCAACGCAUGAACUCGGUUGAUCGUCGUUACCAUGAUAUGAAUCAGAGGUCAAUUGGUUAAUUGAAGGGUGGAGAUCAGAAAGAUUUAACGUGUGUGGUUAUAUAUAAUGCAUGAAAGCUGUCUGCUACUUCUCAAAAGUUCUCGUGCAUGCAUGCAUCAUUUUUUUCCCCGUCCAAGUCAAUUUUCAUAUUUUUUUAUGUUCUGUUUUUCAUGGUAAUUAAAUUAGACCAAAAGUUGGCCAAAGAGUUCUGUUUGUUUGAACGUACGGGUGAAGAUAUGGAAGUAGAUGCAUGCAGAUAUUACAACGAAGAGAAUUUGGAGAAAGGAAUGGACCGAGUUGUUUGAUGAACAAGAAAUUGAAGGAAAUAAAAUUAAGUUGUCUCUAUUCUCUUAGUAAUCAUGUCCUUUUUGUACUUCUAGGUUUAUAUAAUUCCAUCGAUGUCUAGGUUGAUAUUGGAUUAAUUCAUGACUUGUAUCCGGUCUGUCCAUUAAUUUUAUACAUAGAUUUGCUUA